AUGGAGGCAGAACUCCAGGCCCAGAUCCCUGGCCUGGACCAUGUCAUCUCGGAGUACUCUGUGGGAUACCUCACUCAUGCUUCCAACCUCUAUGUUGAGGAUGCCAAUGCCCCCUCGCCAUUACUGGAAGCUGCAGAGUCGGUGACGGAGCUGCUGAUAUCCGCCUCUGGAGAUUUCUCCUCCCAGAACCGUGACGCGAUCAGCAACCUGGUAGAAAAGUUCAUUACGUCCCUGAGCUCAGCAAAUGGUGUGGAUGCAGAACGGAGGCAAAUGCCUCUGACAGCAAAGAAACUGGACCAGGCCAUCAAUGUGGGCUCCCAGCGGAAUAUGUCUUCCACGCUGGGUCUGACCGGUACAAAUGUGGACUUGGAAUCUGCCAAUGCUAGGAAGGUGGAGUCGCGUGUGGACAAGAAGAAGCUUGAAAAGGCCGAGCGCAAGAUUCGGGUUAAGCAAGAGAAGAAGCAGAUGAAGACGGUUCAAUAUGAGGCAUCCCGUCUGCUCAACCAGCCGGAUGAGGCUAUGUCUUACGAAGAGUUCUUCAUGGCCGUCAACCCUCUACAGUUGGGCUCAGACUCACAGUCCAAGAGCAAGGACAUCAAGCUGGACAAUAUCGACAUUUCUAUCAGCGGCCAGCGCAUCCUGACGGACGCUGCAUUGACUCUUGCUUAUGGUCGUCGCUAUGGUCUUGUGGGUCAGAACGGUAUCGGUAAAUCUACUCUGCUGCGGGCUCUCAGUCGCAGAGAGGUCGCCAUUCCGAGUCAUAUUUCGAUUCUUCAUGUCGAGCAAGAGAUUACGGGUGAUGAUACUCCGGCAAUCCAAGCGGUCCUGGAUGCGGACGUAUGGCGGAAGCAUCUUCUCGCGGAACAGGAAAAAAUAACUAAGCAGCUGACUGCUAUUGAAGAAGAACGAUCUCAACUGGCGGAUACAUCCAAGGAUGCUGCCAGACUGGACCACGAAAGGGAGGGUCUGGAUAUUACUCUGAGCGACAUUCAUUCCAAGCUCUCUGAGAUGGAGUCCGACAAGGCUGAGUCUCGGGCUGCCACCAUUUUGGCUGGUCUUGGUUUCUCUCCCGAGAGACAACAGUACUCCACCAAGACAUUCUCUGGUGGUUGGCGAAUGCGUUUGGCCCUGGCCCGAGCCCUGUUCUGCGAGCCUGACCUGUUGCUUCUUGAUGAGCCGUCGAACAUGUUGGACGUUCCGUCUAUUACCUUCUUGGCGAACUAUCUCCAGGGAUAUCCUAGUACUGUCCUCGUUGUUUCUCACGAUCGUGCAUUCUUGAACGAAGUUGCCACCGAUAUUGUUCACCAGCACUCAGAGCGAUUGGAUUACUACAAGGGUGCUAACUUCGAAUCGUUCUACGCUACCAAGGAAGAGCGGAGGAAGAAUGCUAAGCGCGAGUAUGAGAAGCAAAUGGCCGAGAGGGCUCAUCUUCAAGCCUUCAUUGACAAAUUCCGUUACAACGCGGCCAAAUCUUCGGAAGCUCAGUCCAGAAUCAAGAAGCUCGAGCGUAUGCCUGUUCUCGAGGCCCCGGAGAGCGAGUAUGUCGUGCACUUCCAGUUCCCUGAAGUCGAGAAGCUUUCGCCACCCAUUGUCCAGAUGUCCGAUGUUUGCUUCGGAUACACCACGGACAAGCCUCUUCUUAAAGAUGUUGAUCUCGACGUCCAGCUGGAUUCACGUAUUGGUAUUGUGGGGCCGAACGGUGCUGGUAAGACUACCGUGCUGAAGCUCCUCACCAACCAACUGCAGCCCACAAAGGGCUUGAUCUCAGCACAUUCGAGACUACGCAUUGGAUUCUUUGCGCAGCACCAUGUGGAUGCUUUGGACCUGACCACCAGCGCCGUGAGCUUUAUGGCAAAGACUUACCCCGGCAAGAGCGACGAGGAGUACCGGAGACACCUGGGUGCAUUUGGUAUCACCGGUAUGACCGGUCUUCAGCGCAUGGAGUCUCUGUCCGGUGGUCAGAAAUCUCGUGUUGCAUUCGCAUGCUUGUCGCUGACCAAUCCGCACAUUCUUGUUCUGGACGAGCCUUCUAACCACUUGGAUAUUGAGGGUAUGGAUGCGCUCUCUGAGGCUCUUCAGAGGUUCGACGGUGGUGUUGUGAUGGUCUCUCACGACGUGACCAUGCUGCAGAAUGUAUGCAAGAGUCUCUGGGUCUGCGACAAGGGUACUGUGCAUAAGUUUGAUGGCGAUGUUAAGGCAUACAAGAAGAUGAUCACCGCACAGGCUGACGCGGCUGGUGUUGUGGCCAAGCACUAA